AUGGAUUCUCCGUCUCGCACUCUAGCCAACCUCUAUGCCAAGAACUAUCGCUUGCAUUCGAGAAAGCAUGUUCUCAUUCUUUGUGGAGUUGAUUGUGGAAAUGCAAAAGAGAUGAAGCUUGCCGGAGCUCCAGGCCCCUGUGACUCUGUAGAAGGGGUCACCAAGGCCAACGGUGGCUCGCUCCUCUACCCAGAAACUGUGAUAUAUGACGCGGCAAGAAUAAAGCCUCUGGGUCUCGUCGUCUACACGCGAGAGGGGUGGGAACCACUUCCAUGA